AUGGGUUGGUCCUGGUUCUCAUGCCACAAGAGUGGAGGAGAACCUUCAGAAGUUGAUGGAGAAAUCGCAGCGAUAGACAACGUAAAGAUUUACAAAUACAAAGAGAUACGUCAGGCUACAGAUGAUUUCAAUGCCCUGAAUAAAAUUGGCGAAGGAGGGUUUGGUUCUGUGUACAAGGGCCGUCUUAAAGAUGGGAAGAUCGCAGCUAUCAAAGUCUUGUCAGCUGAGUCAAGACAAGGUGCAAAAGAGUUCUUGACUGAGAUCAACGUGAUAUCAAAAAUACAGCAUGAUAAUCUGGUUAAGUUAUAUGGAUGCUGCGUUGAGGGGAAUCACAGGAUUCUUGUGUACAACUAUCUCGAGAACAAUAGCCUUGAUAAGACACUUCUAGGUGAUUCUCAUAGUUUUUUUUUUGUAACUCUCGUAAGUGUCAGCUUCUCUGGUGGUUAUUUAGCGCCAGAGUAUGCGGUUAGGGGACAGUUGACGCGUAAAGCCGAUAUAUACAGCUUUGGAGUCCUUCUGAUGGAGAUUGUCAGUGGAAGAAGUAACAAAAACACCCGCUUACCCACAGAAUAUCAAUAUCUUCUAGAAAGAGCUUGGGAACUUUAUGAGCGGAAUGAGCUCGUGGAUCUUGUUGACACAGGUUUAAAUGGAGACUUUGACGCAGAGGAAGCCUGCCGGUACCUAAAAAUCGGUCUGUUGUGCACACAAGACAGUCCUAAGCUAAGGCCAACAAUGUCCACAGUGGUAAGGUUUUUAACAGGGGAGAAAGAUAUAGACUACAAGAAAAUAUCCAGACCGGGUUUGAUUUCUGAUUUCAUGGACUUGAAAGUGAGAGGACCUGUUCAAACAAAGCCAGAGGAAGUGAACAGACACAACUACACCAACCCUUCUUCUUCGAAUACCUCGUCUAGUGCCGGGACUAGAGACAACUCAAAUGCUUAUUCAUCAGGGGCUUCCUCAGCUAAUGCUGGUAAUACAUUCAGCAGUACCAUUUAG